AUGAUGAUCAAAUCCCAUCUGACCCCAGUUCUUCGGCUUCGAACCCUCCCUUCCACCUCCCCAGUGGUCAAUCUACGUGCCCUUCAACCCCGCCAUUACGCAACCCACCACCAAACUUCGUCCUCCAAAUCCGAACCAGAAAUUAAACGCCGCUCCGUCACGCCCUUCAACGACACCGGCUCUGUCCCAUGGUCCUCCCUUUCGAUCCUUGAAAAGGGCGCUCGCGCCAGCCAGCAAACCUUCAACUUCGGCCUCGUUAUCCUCGGUUUGACCCUCACCUCUGGCGUGCUCUACGUGCUCUACACCGAGGUCUUCUCGCCCUCCUCCCGAACAGCCUACUUCAACCGCGCCGUUGACCGUAUAAAGGCCGAUCCGCGCUUGAUUGGGCUCCUGGGAGAUGGCAAAAAAAUCGAGGCAUUCGGAGAGGAGACCGGCAACAAGUGGCGGAGGGCGAGGCCGAUCGCCUCGAGUGAAGUGACGGAUCGGAAUGGGGUUCAGCAUAUGUACAUCAACUUCAACCUCAAGGGACCGAAAGGUACUGGCACGGCUUUUGUACACCUUUUCAAGCCGGUUGGAGGGAAACAGUGGGAGUACAGGUACUUUUAUGUUGAUGUAAAGGGCCAACAGAGGAUCUACCUGGAGAACGCAGAGGCUGCCGCCACACUGGCUGCGAAGGAGAGGUCCAAGACCGAUGGGAUCAAGUUUCUCGGUAUCAGGUGGUGA